AUGGCGGCAGCACCGUUCAACGACAAGAUAGCCGGGGGGUCCCCGGACCCGAGCCGCCAAGGUCCCCCGACUGCAGAUGAGAACGAGACUGAGAAUAAGAGCGGACGCGGUUCGUCCAACAAUUCCAUCCACGACCCCGGAGGAGACGAUGACUUAGACGAGCGCCUCGUACACCGGUACAACACCAACCAACUGAAACGCCACCUCAGCAACCGCCAAAUCCAGCUCAUUGCCAUCGGCGGUUCCAUCGGGACGGCUCUCUUCGUCAGCAUCGGAGGGGGUCUCCAGCGUGGUGGCCCUGCGAACUUAUUUCUCGGGUACACCAUCCAUGCGUUCAUGCUAGGCCUCGUCAACAACGGCAUGGCCGAGAUGUGCGUCUACAUGCCCGUCACCGGCUCUUUUAUUCGCAUGGCUGGCAAAUGGGUAGAUGAGGCCUUCGGCUUUAUGGCUGGUUGGAACUUCUUCCUCUACGAAGCCAUCCUUGUCCCUUUCGAAAUUGCCGCCUUGAACCUCGUUUUGACCUUCUGGCGAGAUGACAUACCUGUCGCUGCUGUUUGCAUCGGCUGCAUUGUGCUCUACGCCUUGCUCAAUGUUGUGGCCGUACAAUAUUUCGGCGAGGCCGAAUUCUGGCUAGCCAGCGGCAAGUUACUCCUCAUCCUCAUCGUCUUCUGCUUCACCUUCGUCACCAUGGUCGGCGGCAACCCGCAGGGCGACGCCUACGGCUUUCGAAACUGGCAAUAUCCCGGCGCCUUCCGGGAAUACAUCGGCUCGGGAGACCUGGGACGAUUCCAGGGGUUCCUCGCCGCCGUCUACUCGGCCGGAUUCACCGUCGUCGGGCCCGAGUACCUGGCCAUGGUGGCCGGCGAGGCGCAGCGCCCCAGGACGUACAUCAAGCAAGGGUUCAAGACGGUGUACUGGCGCUUCGGCUUCUUCUUCAUCGGCGGCGCGCUCGCCUGUUCCAUCGUGCUGCCGUACGACGACCCGAGACUCGAGAACGCUGGCGCCGGCACGGCGGAGGCGUCCCCCUACGUCAUCGCCAUGCAGAACAUGGGCAUCGGUGUGCUACCACACAUCGUCAACGCUUUGAUGUGCACUAGCAUCUUCAGCGCCGGAAAUGCCUAUACGUAUAUGGCUAUGCGGAGUCUGUACGGACUUGCCCUCGAUGGACAGGCCCCCCGGUUUUUCACCAAGUGCCUACGAAACGGGAUUCCCAUCUACGCCUUCGCCUUCGUCAUGAUCUUCCCUUUCAUUUCGUUCCUGCAGGUGUCGAACAGUACGGCCGAGGUCGUCACCCUGCUGCAGAGUCUGACCCAGGCGGCCCAGAUGAUGAACUACUUCAUCAUGGCCGUCACCUACGCCUUCUUCUACCGCGCUUGCAAAGCCCAGGGACUCAACCGGAAGACCUUCCCUUACUAUGGAUACUUCCAGCCCUAUUGCUCCUACAUCGGUGGCGCGUGGAUGCUUUGCGUGGUUGCAAGCUUUGGCUAUACCGUCUUCCUGCCCGAUCGAUGGGAGACGUUGGACUUCUUCUCCUACUACACUAUGGUCUUCGUUGCCAUCGUCACCUUCACCGCGUGGAAGAUCAUCAAACGGACUCGUUUCGUCUCGCCGUCCCGAGCCGACCUCGUCUGGGACAAACCCGUCAUCGACGCCUACGAGGCAAGCCUUACCAAACCCCCGACUCGUUUACGCGAUGAUAUCCGCUGUAUUUUCGGGCUUCGCAAGAGGAAUAAACAGGCGGCGGAAGGACAGAGCCAUGAGUUGGAGCCAUAA